AUGCCCCUGCGUACAAAUCAUGGUCUGCCUUUGCUGCCACGCCCAACCGACGACGAACGAGAUCCUUUGCGAUGGUCGCGGCGUCUGAAGCUUAUGGCGCUUGGAGCGACCGCCUUUGUCAACUUCACGGCGAAUUUCGCUGGCUCUGGACUUUCUGUAGCCGCUCCAGUACUUGAGAUGCAGUUCCACAAGACUGCAAACCAAACCAACGCUCUCAUGACAUUCAACUUCUUGUUCCUUGGAGUUGGUAAUUAUUUCUGGGUCCCAUUUGGAGUCAAGUUUGGCAAAAGGGCAUCACUCGUCGUUUCCACCUUGAUGCUCUUUGCGAUUCUCGUCUGGACAGCCAAGACCACAAAUUUUAACAGCCUGUUAGCUGCAAGGUGUUUGUCCGGUUUUGCUUCAGCAGCUGGAGAAAGUGUUGUUCCCAGUAUCGUGUCGGAUGUUUUCUUUCUCCACGAACGAGCAUCCAUGAUGUCAGCAUAUACUAUACUCGUUUCCAGCGCUACAGCCAUUGGCCCACUGCUGGCUUCAUUCAUCAUACAGUACAGCCGCGGUGGCUGGGUCGAUUACAUAUGGGUUUGUGCAGCUCUCGCUGGAGCUAACACCCUGGCAAUCUAUCUCCUAUACCCAGAGUCAACGUUUGAAAGACCAGAACACCAUCACCCUCCUGCGAGUUCAGCGACAAGUGAUUCCGAAAAGCCGGCAAUACAGAGAGUGGAAACAACUUCCUGGCACGGCGUCAGUGUGGUACCCAAGUCAUGGCGAUCGAUAUGGACAUCCUUGUUCAGCAUUAAUCAUGAAGUCAGGGUCACAGAGCUGUUGUACAGACCGCUGGCAAUGUUAUUUAAGCCAGCUGUGAUGCUGGCAGUCUUCAUAUAUGGCACGAGCCUUGCGUCUCAGGUCAUUCUCAUAUUCGCCUUUCCAAACCUGUUGAUGGCACCUCCAUAUCUCUUCACUGGGAUCGGUGUUGGACUAAUGCAAGUGGCAGCUAUAAUUGGUUUUCUGAUCGGCUGUUUCGCAGGUGGCUACAUAGCGGAUGUCAUCACCGCGGUGGUGGUUCGAAAGCAGAAAGGUGUCGUGUAUCCAGAGCAGCGACUGAUUGCUAUGCUUCCCGGGUGCCUUAUAGCUCCGAUAGGGUGCAUCGUGAUUGCAUUCUCAUGCGCUCACAAGCUGCACUGGGUUGCAAUCGCAUUCGCUUUUGGCAUGGUGUCCUUCGGAACAAUCUUCGCGCCCAACAUUGCAAUCACCUAUGUCGUUGAGUGCUUCACUAGGAACGCUUCCGAGGCUCUGGUCGCAAUCAAUGUCUUCAAGAAUCUAGUUGCCUUUUUGUUUCUUUAUACUGCUGUAGAUUGGAUUGCAUCGAGCGGAUGGAUCCAGGUGUAUAUGAUCAUGUUCAUGCUUGUUUCGAUGGGUAUGAUGUUGUGCGUUCCAUUCUAUUUCCUCGGAUCGAAGUGGAGGGGCCAGGAGGAGGUAGGAUUGGUCUAG